GGCUCGUUGAAAAGAGCCGGUUCAAAAGAACCGAUUGGUUCAUGAAUCGGACGUCGCUAGGCUAACGUCGAAAGCGAAAUGUGAACUGUCAGCGCUUACUGCCGACUUUCAGCGAUAUAAGUAAUGUGAAGCUUCACACGUCUCAGGAUUCCAGGCGAUGUGAUCGGCCGGACGAGGGCUUGAGUCGCAUGGUGCUGAGAUGGCGGAUGAUAUGGACACCGGCCCGGUCCGGGUAGGAAGGGGUGUGAGAUCCGGGCAGCCGUGUGCCAGGCAGAGGUUCUGCAGCAGGGGUCAUUCCAGAGAGCUCUUAGAUGGGCUCCUUGCUCUGCGUGAAGGGGGUGUUCUGUUUGAUGUGGUACUCCUGGUGGAGGAAAGACCCAUUCAAGCUCAUCGCAUCCUGUUGGCAGCCUCCUGUGGCUACUUCAGAGGAAUGUUUGCUGGUGGGUUGCGAGAGAUGCAGCAGACGGAGAUCACCAUUCAUGGAGUCACACACACAGCCAUGACUAAACUUCUGGACUUCAUCUACACCUCUGAGCUGGAGCUGGAUCUGGAUACAGUGCAGGAGGUGCUUUGUGCAGCCACUCUGCUGCAGGUCAAGGAUGUAAUCGGUUUCUGCUGUGAGUUCCUGUUCUCCUGGCUGGACGAUGACAACAUACUGGAGGUGGAGAAGCUUGCCGACAUCUAUGGACUAGAACAGCUUGGAGAGAACGUACGCUUGUACCUUCUGAAAAACAUCCAGACCUUCUCUCGCACGUCUGUGUACCGUCAGCUGCCUGCAGAGAAGGUUCUGCGAGUGCUGUCCAGCGAUGAGCUGCAGGUGAGCUCAGAGUAUGAGGUGUUUGAAGCUGCACUGUACUACUACUACAGCCCCAAGGAGCUGGACAUGGAUCAGAUGUGCCUUCAGACGGGCGGAACGAGGGCAGAAACUUUUCUAGAGGUGCCCUUGCUGAUGUUAGAAGCGGUGCGUUUCUGUCUGAUGGAGAAGGCCACCCUGCAGCGUCUCCACAGCCGCCUGAAGCCCUGUCCAUUGCGUGAGUCUGUCUCUGCUGCCCUCCGCUAUCACAGUCAGGAGCUUUGGCAGCCAGUCAUGCAGAGCCCUCUCACUCAGACACGCUCCAGCUCCUUGUGCAUUCUGGGAUUUGGUGGCAUGUAUUCGUCCGGCCCGCCAGCCGACAAUGAGGAGCGCGUACAGGUGUUCCAUCAGUCCUGGGGCGAGUGGCGCAGUCUCGGGGCAGAUCGUACUCCUCGCAUGUCCAACAUGGGCAUUGCUGUCCUGAAUAACUUUGUUUACCUGGUCGGGGGAGACAAGAACAGCAGCGGCUUCCGUGCCGAGGCCCGCUGCUGGAGAUACGAUCCUCGACACAACACCUGGUGUAAUGUGGAACCCUUGCGGCAGCAGCACGCAGACCAUUGCGUGUGUGUGGUAGGCGACUACAUCUAUGCUAUUGGAGGUCGCGACUACAGCAAUGAGUUGGACUGCGUUGAGCGCUAUGACCCUCGAACCAACACAUGGGAAUAUGUGGCCCCGCUCAAACGAGAGGUGUAUGCCCAUGCUGGAGCAGUUGUGGAUGGAAAGAUCUACAUCGCGUGUGGUCGUAGAGGAAUGGCCUACCUGAAGGAGACCUACUGCUAUGACCCUCAGGAUAACCGGUGGACUGUGUGUUCUGAGGGCCCAGUAGAGAGAGCGUGGCAUGGGAUGGUGGCUCUGAACGGGCGAGCUUACGUCAUUGGAGGGAGCAACGAUGGCUGCGGCUACAGACGGGACGUCCUCAAGGUGGCGUGCUAUAACCCAACAGCAGACGUUUGGUCAGUGGUGUGCCCGCUUCCUGCCGGCCACGGAGAGCCAGGCAUGGCCGUUUUGGAUGGUCGGAUCUACAUCCUAGGCGGGAGAUCACACGACAAAGGCAGCCGCAUGAAAUACGUACACAUCUACAACCCAGAGGAGGAUCACUGGCAAAACGGCUCGUCUUUGGACGACCGUGUAUCCGGGCUGUCGGCCUGCGUGGCCUUAGUGCCCAGAAACACCCUGGCUCAGGCCCAGAGCUGGGAGCAAAGAGCCAAAGCAUCUUGGGAGGAGGUAGACUGGGAUGAUUCGGACAACUCCAGUGAGGACGGCUGACAGGUGGCCUCAGGUGAUAGGGAGAGGUUUUAACAUUGGUAAAUUCCCGAAGUUCUCAGAAAUUUCUCACAUGCUCACCUUUUACAAGUGUCAGUGCGUUCAUGUGCAGACUUUGCCUGUCUGACACUGAAAGCACAUUGUGAUGUCAGAAGUCUGAUGCAGUCAGUUGGCUUGGUCAGGUUCGAAUGGAGUGCUAUUUAUUAUGUCUAAUAUUUGGAAUAAUGGCAUCAUAUUUGCUAUUAAUUCCACUCAGUUUUUUUUCAUUGUUAUAUAUUAUAAACUUGUGUCUUUCCAGUGUUGUUUGAGUUCCAGCAUUUGAAAACUGACAUGUCGUGACUACUUUGAUGACCUUGAUGCACUUUUUUCUUUUUUCUCUUUUUUUUUUGUUUAACAUUGCAUGUACAGUUAGGACCCUCCACAGUACAUGUGCAUGACACAGCUCUUUUACUCAUUUACUCACACAUUUAGUGCUACUAAAUAAGCUAUGUAAUAAGCAUACAUAAACUACUGAUUAGCACAUUGAUAGAAAUCAUGCUGCGCACACUCAGUGACGUACAUACCAGCUUUUCACUUAAUUUACUGUUUGUUUUGGUUGUUUGGUUUAUCACUUCUUUAUUUGUAAUGGUUUAAAUGGAUUAAAGUGGUGAUUAGAUGGUGGUGAGGUGAGUGUAGAGGUUCUGAAGAGUGAUAAGUAUUCAUGUUGGCAUUAUUCUAUCCAGACUGGUUAGCAUCAGUCCCGAUUUUUCAUAGCCCCUCGGUUAGAAUUAGCCCAGACUCAUCGCAUCAGUCCAGAAUUUUAUUAGCCUUUCUGUUCAGCAUCAGUCCUGACUUUUGUUAGCAUGGCUGCCAGCAUUAGUCCAGAAUUCUGAUCGCAUUUAAUGUCAGCCGGACAUUCGUUAGCAUCUCUGUUAGCACCAGUCCGGCGUUUUGUUUCAUUUCUGUUAGUAACAGUUCAGACUUUUUUAGCAUUUCUGUUGAUUCAGCAUCCAUGCAUACUGUUGGCAUCGGUUCUAACAUUUUUUUUUUUUUAGCAUUUCUGUUAGCAUCAGUUUAGACAUUUGUUAGCACUUCUGUUAACAUCCAUUCAGACUUUUGUUAGCAUCUUUCUGGAUCAGUAGCAUUUACAUUAGCAUCAGUCUCGAGAUCCUCCACAACUGUCCUGAACAGCCCCUUAGACUGACCUCUCAUGUUAAAACUCUUGUUAAUGUCCCAGUUUGGUUUGGCGGUGUCAGAUCGUAAGUCUUUCCAAAGCUGAAUUUGUUUCUGGUAAAGAAAUGAUAUUAAACUUUGCUCACCUAAUCACAUGUUGGCAUAAUAUUUAGUUCCACAGCAAUAAGGGCAGUCUCUCUGCUUUGUGGUAAGAAUAUACUGGGUUUUUUUUUUCUUUUUCUUCAGCUUUUUCAGCAAUUGCAUGCAAUUUACUCUCUGUAUCAGGACCGUUGAAAAGACGUGAAGCCACAGUCUCCAAAACAAGGCCUGUUCUAGAGGUGGUCUAUGAGCGCUGUUUUCUUGCAUCCAAAACUUCACCAGCAGUGACUUUGAGAAUGUGUCGAGGUAAAUUUAAGUGAUUAUGAUGAUCCAUGCACUUUAACGGAUGUGUUUGGUUUGUACUGACCGUGCCUUUUUUCCUUCUUCUCCACCAAAUUCUGAACCACAAGUAGAGACUGAAUUAAGAUUGUGCCUCUAAUGUGUGAAAAGAUUAAGAAAUCAUACUCCUCUAAAAAGGUGAGGACAAAAAAAACCUGAUCUUUGCUAAGAGAAUUGACCUUGGCUGGUUAAAGAUAGAUGGAACUUUCCACCAGUUUGGACCGAAUGCUCCUUUUUCUGUGGUUUGGUUGCUUGUAGGAACGAAAAAGAGGAACUAACUAUGCAUGUUGUUUCCAGGUUCUAGAUUAUGGGCUGUAAUUGUAAGGCUGUUGAAGGUGGAAUAUCCUCCUUUGUUUUCCUUCUAAAUAAAAUGCUCAGCACUGAA